ACUCGGUCGAACAUGCUCUAACUCUGACCCAAUGCAUCAAGACCUCCAUCAGUGUCGCCAGCCAUAUACCCCCAUGCAAAGCUACUAUGAGGACAGUGCUCCUCUUCAGUAGCGCAUGUCUCCGCCCUGCGCUGACCUCUUGCACCCGCAAUGCAACUCCGACAACGACGCGACGCCUCUUCAAAGAGUAUUCCGUGCUUCAGCGCCCCUUCAAGCAUUUCAAGAGGCCGCCGAAACCACCAUACGGCAAGACUGCCUUUGUUGCAUCUCUCAGUCCUCUUGCAUUCGUUGACAUAAGCGAUCAUGACCCGGAAGAUGGGCAGACCGGCGAGGAGCUCAUGCUCAAAGCAUCAAGAGAGGAAUUGAAGAAGCAGGUGCCGAAACCUCUCCAGAACUCGAAGAAGUAUCGGAGAACGAUAUAUUACUUUGUGGACUAUUAUAUUUGGGAGCCGAUAUGUACGGCGUUUCGAUUCUUGCAUUUGGUUGUCAUAUUCGUCCCAGUGAUCGCGACGAUUCCAGCGAUAUGGUUUGGAAAAAGGCGGAAGGAUAGAGAUAAUGAGCGGUCCGGGACGCUUUUCUGGUACUGGUUCCUGGUUAAGUCCAUGGAAAGAGCGGGAGCUGCAUUUAUAAAGCUUGGUCAAUGGGCAGCAUCACGGACAGAUAUCUUUCCUAACGAACUCUGUGCGGUAAUGUCGAGUCUACAUUCAGAUGCACCAGCACACUCGAUGGCGAGUACCAAGAAGACUAUAGAAAGAGCAUUUGGUGGUCGAUCAUUUGAAGAUAUAUUCGAGGAGUUUGAUGAGAAGCCUCUAGGGGUGGGAGCGAUCGCACAGGUCUACAAGGCUAAACUCAAAGACGAUCUGACGGUUCCUCCUGACGUGGAUCUCGAUGAGCCUAAUCUUAGACAAAGGUUCAGGAAAGGUGUUGAUGUCACGCUCAAGCAUGUCCCGCAGAGGAAGCCAUCAAGCUACGUUGCCAUCAAAGUUCUGCAUCCGGGCAUCGAUAAGAUAGUGCAACGAGAUAUCAAGAUCAUGGGCGCGUUCGCUAGUAUUAUCAAUGUACUGCCUGGAAUGGAAUGGCUUUCGUUCCCGGAUGAGGUCAGGGUCUUUGGGAAUAUGAUGAAGCUACAAUUAGACCUGCGCAUAGAAUCGGCCAAUCUCACGGUAUUCCGUAAGAACUUCGCGAACCGAACUACGGCUUGGUUCCCCUACCCGUAUACAGACUACACCACACGACAAGUCCUGAUCGAAGAGUUUGCCCACGGCAUCCCGUUGAGCGACUUUCUCGAGAACGGCGGUGGAGUGUUUCAGAAGGACAUUGCAGACGAGGGCUUGGACGCAUUUCUGACUAUGGUCCUCAUCGACAAUUUCAUUCACGCCGAUCUCCACCCUGGAAACAUCAUGGUCCGUUUCUACAAGCCGGAGCAGCUCGAUGUUCCCAAGUUCAGCAAGCAGGCCAAAUCUACCCCUCAGGAGUCUACUGAUGUGACAGAAGAAGUGCUAAGUCGUCUUCGGCCACACAAGAAGAACAAGGCCGAGUGGACGAAACAGCUAGCACAGAUAGACAACGAAGGAUACCGACCACAGCUGAUCUUCAUUGACACUGGUCUAGUAACCGAGCUGAACGCAACGAACAGGGCAAAUUUCCUGGAUCUCUUCAAAGCCGUCGCAGAAUUCGAUGGCUACAAGGCCGGACAUUUGAUGGUCGAACGUUGUCGGCAACCCGAGGCGGUCUUAGACAAAGAAGUCUUUGCACUUAGGAUGCAGCAUCUUGUGCUAGGCGUCAAGAGUCGAACUUUCGCAUUGGGAAAGAUUAAGAUUGGUGACAUUUUGAAUGAAGUGCUGAGCAUGGUGCGUGGGCAUCAUGUUAGGCUUGAGGGCGAUUUCGUGAAUGUCGUCCUGAGUAUUCUGCUUCUGGAAGGCAUUGGGAGAAAUCUAGAUCCGAACCUAGAUUUAUUUGCAGGUGCUCUCCCGAUCCUUCGACAACUGGGCGCUCAAUCAGGUUCUUCGAUGUUACGAGGUGGAGAUUUCUCCAUGCUCAAAGUAUGGGCUGGUCUCGAAGCAAGAAGUCUGUUACAGGCAUCUGUUGAGACUAUCGAAGCAUGUGUAAAAUAUGACCAGCUUUCACCGAAUAUUUGAUAAUAAUAUGGGACAAUUGGACAAGAACGCAUUGUCAAUCAAAGGAGUUAGGAGCGGAUCAUGUUGUUACGAGGGACACGUGGAUAGGUAUAAUGAUCAUUCGGACGGUAGUUGCUGAUUAUAUAGAGGCAUUGAAGUUCAGAGGACUUCUGCUGAUGUUCCAUACUAUGAUAUAAUUCAC